GAUAGGCAAGGCGGAACAUUAUAAAACUACUGGCAUCUAUGAAUGAACGACCCUGUUCGUUUCUACCUCUGCACCGACACAUUUAACACUCGAAGACGAGUGUCUCGGGAAGAUGACGGCGUCUUGGGGAUCUGCAUAUCUGUUGAUUUCACUUGCGCUGACGGCUCACCUUUCUAAAGCGAUGGUGUGUCAGAUGGGACAGGAACCGGAUUCGAACGCCGCCCAUAGAUACCGAUGGGUCAUCCCGGUGGAGGAUCCCUGCAAGUGCACCGAGAUUCGACCAGGUGGUAUAAACACCCGUACACCCGGCCGCAACUUCAAAGUCAUCUACUUUGAUACCAUUCUGAUCAGCAACUCUCCAAAGGAGAUCCGCCAAUGGCUCAAUUGCCCCGAUUCGUCCAUCCCGCCCAAUGGGGAGCACACCACGACAUUCGCAACCACCGACCUGCCGGCAACCAUACCCCAAACCCCCUUCACUUGUGAGGGUAAGGUCGAUGGAAGGUAUUCGGACCCCUUCAACUGCGAGAUGUACUACGAGUGUAGCCAUGGAAUUAUAUAUCAUAGAUCCUGCCCGUACACACUGCAAUUCAACCAGGGGGCGGGACAGUGCCUUGUAGAAAAUGAUGGCAAAUGCCAAUCUUAACAAAAGUGUAAAGACACAGACGAAACAAAUAAGACAGCUUAAUUCAAAAUUUAUAGAGAACGUCGUUUACGUGUGAAAUAAUAUAUUUCUAGUAGUAAUGCAAAGCAAAGACACUAAUACCAGCCCGAUGAAAUAAAUGCGAAACUAUAAUAUAAAGAUGUCCUCGUAAAAUGACCCCUGCUGGCCGAUAGGUGACCAAUGACCAAAAUCCGUGUAGGCUACACCCAGAUUGGUGCUCGAGACAUUGAAGCAGUUGACCUUGGUUGGAUUUCAACAUCACAAAGAGUUUAAAAGACUAUAGCCUUAUCUUGAAGGACGAGUUACUCGUCUCAGGUUAGAUCUCGCCUUAAGUUUUAAAUAUCUCUAUAGGGCUAGUCUUAACUUACUU